CUCCGCCGAGCCUCGAGACGGGGACAGGGACAAGGACCUGGUCUAGACUCCCCCGGUCUGUGCUCAUCCUGAACGCCCACACAUCCGUCACUCGCAUGGGUUAAUUUGAUUUCUCCUGUCCAGAACAAGAAAUAAAAACAGGAGUCCGUCUGAUCGUUUGAUUUCAGACCACACAGCACCGCCGAGAGCCGGGCGACCUGUGAGAGUGACGAUGUUUUCCAGAGCGCUCCCCCUGCUGGCCGGAGCUCUUUACAUCCUCUACCAGGUUUAUGCACAAGAUUCCUUCACGGCUGAGCUGAUGAUCGAGAGCAACAUCUCCCUGGAGGUCAGCAAGAUAAUGGCCGCCUUCACGUCCACCAAUCUGGAAGUGACCGACGGCGCCGGGAAGUCCCACACCGUGACCCUGGAGCAAAGCGAGCUGGUGGCAGAGUGCAUAUUGAUCGGAGAAGACACGACUUGCAACUGUUCAGAGGGAUACAUCUGGAGCGACCCGGUCUGCUACAACUUCAACUGCUGCAGAGAGGUGGACUGCAUGCAGAACGUCUCCUACACCUUUCCACUCUGCGUUCCCAAAGACAAAGUUCUGGUGACUGGAUCAAUAACCAUGGGAUCAAACUGGGAAGAAGCACAGUUUCAAGUGGUGAAAGACGAAAUGAAUCGACUGAACGCCCUGGAGCAGUUCAACAUCAGUGAAGGCUCGGAAGCCACCAUUGCAGACUUUCAAGUGGCUCUCAGUAUCAAACCGGACUUCGGCAUGUUUGAAAAAAUAAUGGAAAGUCUGAAGGUGAAGCUGAGUGAAGAUGUGAUGGUCAUAGUCGAAGGCCUGGUGGAGAUGGACGCCCCCACCGAGCCGGUGUGCUACAUGUCCGACCCGGAGCUGACCUGCACUCUGAUGGUGGACACCGAGGAAGCGUCCUGGAGGAUGAACUCCACGGAGCGGGAGGUGGACCUCGACGACGGCACCGUGGUCAAAGUCAACCACGAGUGUGCCACGGCGGAGCACACCUCGUGUGUGGCAGUUCGACUGGUCGCCGUGACGAGCAUCUGGGCAGGGACCUACACCUGUGAAUUCAUUAAGGGGAUGAUCACAUAUAAAGCCAAGACUUUCCUGGACAUGGCCCAGCUGCCCGAUCAGAUUUCCAUGAGUCUGGCGCCGCUCAGUGCAGAAUGCCCGGCGGCGAGCGGCGGCACGACGGAGGUCACCGUCACCGCUGUCAUCCCGCCCAGCCCCGAGGACUACGAAGUGUGGUACAGCUACAAUGGUGAAAAGAAAUCCAAUCUACAAAACACGACUUUAAAAGACCGACUUGUCUACAAAUUCAAAGUUCCCAUCCGCUGCCAGAAGACCAUCGAAUCACAAUACGUGGAAAUCACCUUCAAAAACCACAAGAAUCAAACCAGAACUUCUAAACUGGAAAUCCCAGUUAUUUAUGCCGGUGAAAAAUUUUGUGAAGAAGAUGUUGUUGACGGAGAUUUUUGGCCAAAAACUCCAUUCAAAGCUACUGUGAUUAAUCAAACGUGUCCAGAGGGCAGAACUGGCUACAAGUCGCGCACUUGUGAAGGACCAAAAUGGAUGGAUGUCUUCAACCACUGCGUGAACGAACAGCUGAACAACCUCCUCGAUGAGGCCGAGAAGUUCCUGAAGGGACAAGGACCGACCUCGAAUAUAGCCAAGAGAAUAUUCCAGCAGCUUAAGAACAGCUCUACAUUCACUUCUGAUACCAAUGAAAACACGGCGGACGUCGAUGUUUCCAUCAACAUCUUGGACAGGAUGGCUCUGGCAUCAGAAAGGACUGUUCUUGCGGAGGACGUCCUUCCUGAAAUGGUGGACGCAGCCAGCCAGAUUCUGAACACCACCUGGACGGGGGUGAACGACACAGUUCGUCAUGACAUGUCAGCAGAAUAUCUUGAAGCUGUGGAGAUGCUGGUGGAGAAUAUCCACAUCAACCGUAGCCGCUCAUUCAAAACUGACAACUUAGAGCUGAAAGUCUGCCCAAACACUGACUGUAACGUGACCGUGUUUGACAUCGAGGUGAGUCUGAACAGGACCACCGGAAGACCGAAAAUCAUGGCCGUGAGAAACCUAACACCCAAACUGGACAACAACUAUCCCAGGACGGAGAAAACAGAGUUUUUGUUGUCUGCCACACUGGGUCUGGACCGAGACGAAAAUGGCACGACGGAGAGACGCAGUUCAGACGUAGAGAUUUACCUGGAGUUUCCCCUCCAGGGGGACGUACAGAGUCCGGUCUGUGUUUUCUGGAAUGUCACAACGAAGAGCUGGUCCGACGAAGGAUGCAAUAUGUUCUCUCGCGACGCAAACGGCACGUCGUGUUACUGCAACCACCUGACUUCAUUCUCUGUCCUCAUGGCGAAGGGGGACAUCUCCACUCCCGAAUUGGACGUCAUCACCAGCAUCGGACUUGGUGUGUCCCUUUGCUGCUUGCUGAUCUUCCUCGUCAUUGAGUUUCUGGUGUGGUCAGCUGUAGUCAAAACCAACCUUUCACACUUCCGCCACACCGCCAUCGUCAACAUCGCCACGUUCCGCUUGCUCGCCGACUGCAGCUUCCUGGCUUCCAGCUCUCCCGAGAUUCUGAGCGACGGCAUGUGCUUGGCGUUCACCGUGUCCAAGCACCUGUUUUACACGGCCAUGUUCUGCUGGAUGCUGUGCCUGAGCGUCAUGCUCGUCCACCAGCUCAUCUUCGUCUUCAGCCCGCUACGGAAACGGGUUUUCAUGUUCCUCUCCAGCGUCGUCGGGUAUCUCGUCCCAAUCAUCAUCGUGGGAUCCAGCUAUGUGUAUUACAGAUACACGUACAAGCCUUACUAUGACAACAAAACCUGCUGGCUGAACUUUGAGCGGCUCUUGGAGGGCUCCAUCCACGCUUUCCUCAUCCCUGUAGGGAUCGUCAUUAUGAUAAAUAUCUUCUCCAUGGUGGUCGUGAUUGUCACUCUGGUCAAAACUCAGACGCCAGACAGCGGCAAAGCAGACGACAAGGAGACGGCCAAGAGCAUCAUCAAGGUGCUGGUGGUGCUGGCGCCCGUCUUCGGAGUAACGUGGGUCAUCGGCUUCUUCCUGCUCAUCCUGGACCACGACAAUCCCGUUUUCCCGGCUGCCAACUACACCUUCACCAUCCUCAAUUCCUUCCAGGGUGUUUUCAUUUUGUUCGCCGGAUGUAUUGCAGAGCAGAAGGUCAGAGAGGAAGUGCUGAAGAUCAUAACGGGUAAAGGAAAGGACGACGCCUCGAAGAGUUUGACAUCAACUGCAUACACUAAAGAUAAAUGAAGCCCAAGUCAAUCCCGCAUGACGUCUUCUAUUCAGUUCUGACCCAUGCUGCUGCAUCAUUGCUGCAAUUGGCCCGAUUUCACCAACACCCUGUGUGAAGUGUGCAGUUCAACCGGGUUCCAAUUACUCUGUCGGUUAUUUUUAGUCAUAAUCCUUUAGAAAGCUAUGUGCACUCACAGCUGAGUACAUGCUGAUUAUGAGGACAGAUUGGAUAAGUGCUAAAAGGUGAGAUUUGUUUCACUGUGUUUCUUGACAGAAGCAGAUUUGGAUGCAUUUCAGGUCUUAAAUAAAAUGAAAAAAAAGACUUUAACAAAUGAAUCCCUGAUUUGCUGCAUGUUUAACAUGAGGGUUGAUACUGAAGAGGACGAACAACGGCUUUCUGUCCCAGGUGAAAGGAAGGACUCCAAAUGUCCGUCGGCAUUACAUAUUCACAAACUAAAACAACUCUGGUCUCUCCAACAAAAGCUGCUUGAGCUGCUUGCUGUGCUUUGAUUGCUGGACAAGCAAUUAUGGAAAAUAGAUGUAAACCUUCCGACUUGAAAGUUGCAAAUGAAAACCAAAUGCUUGUUGGCUGAAGUUGCUCAAGCAGCUCACAAUCAAAGCAUGCCCUUUGGUUGGCACCAUAAUGAUGAUCCCAGCCAGCUUGGCUCAGACUGCUGGCAUCUUUAGAUUAUUGAACUGACUGUUGUUCCCAUCCAUGCAGUCAAGGCUCAUUCUACUAUAACCUCUAACUUGUGUUUUCAGUAGCUUUUCUUUUCUUUUAUGUUGCAUGAGAUUGAUUUUGUUUAAUUUCAAAGCCACCACAUUAGUUUUUGUCCACCAGUUUGUGAAAUAUCCCCUCUGUAACCUCAUGACAGAAACCUCAGAAACGUAACCAGCCCUGUUUUUCAGAUUAUCCUCAGAGCAGGAGUGUCAAACAUAAGGCUCAUGGGCUCAAACUGGCUCCAAUCAGGCCUGAAAAACCACCAAACUAAUUAACUGGUUUAACUGGUCCCUGGGACUCGAGAAGAAAUUUCACUGCAUGAGGAGAUUGAACUGUUUGACAAACCAGAUCGAGAGUUUACAUUUUUUUGGAAUAUAGUUCCAGCUUCAACUCAAGCUCUUUCGUAGAUAAUUGAUGAUGAUGAUGAUGAUGAUGAUGAUUAGCUUUAGAUUUUAAUCAUUAUCUGGCAUAUGAACAGGUUAUGCUUUGCAGAACUGAUUUAGAUUACCCCUGCCUUUAGCUGAGAAGUGAAAAUCCAGGUGUUUCUUAGAGAUUCAUCAAUUGUCUUUGUUUAUUUGCUGAAUGCACGUAGUCUAUAAAUGAAUCCAGACAUCAAACCUAGCUAAUGAAAAGUUAGAUUGUGUGUACAAUAUCAUCUGCUUAUUAAUUUCCAUGAGUCUGGCUUUGUCUCAUUACAUUUCAAAUAAAGAGCCUGUGAAUUUAUAUAGUUUGAUAUGAUUCGUCUUGUAUAUACUCUUAAAGUGUGUAUGACCACUGUAUGUACCUCAAAUAUUUAAUGUUAAUAAAGAGCAAAU